CCCAAAAUUCAAACUCCUAUAUAUCACAAUUUCUCCAUUAAACAAUUCCAACAAACGACAAAUCUCGCAACUUUCAGAGUUACAGAUUUAUUCUAUUGCAAGUUGAUUGAGUUCCUCCGUGUCCAAUAUGAUGUUGCGAUCCCGCAAGCCGCCGCUUCCGAGAUCUCCGAUUCGUCUUCGCUCUCGCCGCGCGCUCCGGUCUACCACAAACACCCUUCAAACUCCACCAGGUUCUUUGACAAAAUCCCAGUUGCCUAAUCCUCGUAGCGACGUUGAAGAAUGGGAGAUGCGUCCGGAAUUCUAUACAAUUUCCUGUGAGCUCCGGGCGCUGGUAAAGAUGUUGCAUCAAGAAAUCAGCAAUGGCGAUGGGGGCAAUCCCGGGAAUGAGGAAUACUCAUUUAACCCCAGAAGCCCAUUGUUUGAGAGGGGGAGGCUCUACGAAGAGUACUCAGCGAGGAGGAAUGAGAGGCUGAAGAGGAAGAAGUGCGGCGAAACCGGGGAGGAGAAGAAGGCGGUUUAUGGUCUUGGAGUGAGAGUUGAGUCUGCUAAGAAAAGGGGGGUGCAGAGUGGGAGGAAGACAGUUCCGGCGACUUCUCCGACGACGGUGCAGAGAGGAGGAGGAGAGAAGCCUAGGUAUAUGCUGAGAAGCAUGGCAACAAGCAAGGAGAACAAGAUGCCUCCUCCUCCUCAUCUGGGUAUAAGUGUUGAGAAAUCUAUUGAGGGUGGAGAGAAUAAGAAGAAGAUUGCAGUUAGAAGGUCCAGGAAAAUUUGAUUUUUAAAUUACUUCCUGAGUAAUCAAGAACUUGAAAUUCUUAUGAGGAAAAAUGUAGCUACUGAACCAGUACCUAAUCAUACAGUUUAUCUU